CGGGUGUCGGACCGACGGCGCGACGCGCGUCCUUACAAAGUUCUCGCGAACAUCACAUCAUACGAAAAAUUCAAAAGUACCUAUUCUCUUUUCAAAAUACUGUCAUUCAUUGAGUGUAUUAUUUUUUUUUAUUUGACUUUGUUGUGGUGAAAAGUGACUAAUAACGUUUUUUGGAAUAAAACCGUUUUAGUUAACUUUAAAAACUUUUCUUUUUUUAUUACUCUAAAUUUGAACUUGUAUUAGUUUUUCCCGCGUAAUUAUGAGUGUCAGUUACAAAUGAUUGUUACAAAAAGUUAGUAACCAAUUAAAUAGUGUUUUUAAAAUUAUAAUAAAAUGGUGACUGUGCUAGUGUGAGUGUUAGCAAAGUUUUUCAUGAGCAACUUUUAAAGUUAAUAAACACAACGGUGGAUUUAUUAUAGUUUAUUCUGAUUGGCUGAAAUAAAUAAUAUGCACAAUGGAGGAUUACAACGUGACUUACGAAUCAAUGGACGACAUGUUGAAUCAGUCAGAGAGUUACUACCAACCGUACUAUGAGAGGCCAGAGACGUACAUAGUACCGUUAAUAUUCGCACUUAUAUUCGUCAUUGGGGUGGUCGGAAAUGGGACCCUAGUGGCCGUAUUCGUUCGACAUAAAGCUAUGAGGAAUGUGCCUAAUACGUACAUCCUCUCGCUAGCAUUGGCAGAUCUUCUGGUAAUCAUCACAUGUGUGCCGUUCACCUCCAUUGUAUACACUGUGGAGUCGUGGCCUUGGGGAGCCACAGUCUGUCGCGUCUCAGAAGCUGCGAAAGAUGUCAGCAUUGGAGUAUCAGUGUUCACACUGACUGCUUUGUCAGCUGACAGAUACUUCGCUAUUGUUGAUCCGUUGAGGAAGCUACAUGCCACAGGCGGCAGUAAGCGAGCCACUCGACUGACAGUAGCCACAGCCAUUGGCAUAUGGCUACUUGCAGCCCUACUAGCGACCCCCGCGUACGUCGGCUCGUACGUGCGCGCGUUUGUCGUCAACCCCACUACACAGUUUUUAGUAUGUUACCCAUACCCAAUGGAGUGGGGUGAGGGUUACCCUCGAGGGAUUGUCCUGAUGCGGUUUUUGGUGUACUACUCCUUGCCGCUGGCUGUCAUAGCUCUGUUUUACAUCCUGAUGGCGAGGCACCUGGUCCUUAGCACACAGAACGUACCUGGUGAAAUGCAGGGAACCCAGAGACAGAUGCGAGCACGAAGAAAGGUUGCAGUCACAGUGUUAGCCUUCGUCUUAGUCUUCGCUGCAUGCUUUUUACCUUCACAUGUGUUCAUGAUGUGGUUUUACUACUGCCCAACGGCGCAGGAAGACUACAAUGGCUGGUGGCAUGCACUAAGGAUCAUCGGCUUCUGUCUAUCCUUCCUCAACAGCUGCGUGAACCCAAUAGCCUUGUACUGUACCAGUGGUAUCUUUAGGAAACAUUUUAACAGGUAUCUCCUAUGCCGAAGCAGUUCUACGCACGGUCCAAGAGGUUCCUUGUCUCUAUCGACAUCAAGAAGACUGCACUCGAGCAGAAAAACCAACAUCAGCAUGGUGCCAAGAACAACAAGCGUUGGCCGCGAGAGCAGCAUCAGGCUCCUGAACAAUGGAUCCUCAAAACUCUGAGGAAGGAGUCGUGGCCUAAGGUCCACGGCUAACAACAACCAGGAGAGGUCCAAAGAGAACUAUAGCAAAUCUUUUGUCUAUAAAACGGACGGCUUAGCACCAUUCCCAAAGUGUUGUGAAAACGAAAACGGUGUUAAACUUCUAGAAACUAAUUUUGAUGGCAAAGAUGUCAGUAGCACUGAAAGCUUCUUCUUGCCUGUCGAUAAUUUUCGUUCGUGUUAGUCUGAAUUAGGUCUUGAAAACGUAAUGAGAUAGUUCAAUAUUGAUUAAUCUUGUGUAAACGAAACUGUGUCCUUGAAAAAUUCUAUGUGAUGAUGAUUCGUAGAACUAUUGAAUGUGAUUUUUUGCAUGCUGUGGCAUUGUUUGCUUACGUUAAUGUAAAAGAUAUUGAAAAUAACAACUUAAUACCUAAAUUCCAAGUACAGGGCAGAUAUUAUGUAAUCUGUAAAUUAGACUCCAAGACAUUCUUCCUUUUUCAAAACUUAUUAAUUAGCCUUUUUCCUGAGAAGAUUUAAACGAAAUCCGCUAGGGGAAGCACCGGUGGAUUUUUUUACGGUACAUGUUUUGAAUGCUGUAUUGACAUCAACAUCAAACAUACGUUUUAUUACUAUCAGAAUAAAUAAAUAUUGUGAUAACAAAAACUUGGCACUCCGAAAGAAAGAGAGGAAACGAAGUUUCGGUCUAUCUUAAAAUAGUACCGUAGUUAAGAAGUUAUGAGCGAGAAAGAGAAAGCACUAGACCGAAAGCAUAGGCCAUCUCUCUCACUCUUUUCAAACCAGAAAAUUACUGCAGAUUAUACGCGUACGACAUGUCCAUUAGUAGAUAUAUUAUGUCGAUGUGUACCCCCACCGGUGGUGCCCCUAGCGAUUUUUUUUUAAUCUCCCCAGGAAAA